UAGAGGAUUUAAUUAAUCUACCUGAAGAGUUAGAACCACUUGAAACUUUGUAUAUUUCUAAUAAAGAUAGCUCUUUUAGUGAAGGAUCUACAACAUAUCAAUUACCUAUUAGUACUUUUCCACCUGAAUCUGUAAUUUUAAAUCCUAAUUUUAGUAUAUCCUGUGAAUCAUUUGGUUUUGAAACAGAUCCAAUUCUUGAUCAGAUUGAUAUUGAAGCAAACCCUACUGAUAUAUUGCUGUACACUGUCAACUCAACAGAAGAAGAAAUCGUUCAAACCGAAAUAGAGAUUUUAGAAGAAGAUCCAGAUCAGAAUCUCAGAAUUAUAGAAGAAAUCCAUCUAGGAGUCAAAAAAGGUAUAGAAAAAAUACUCGAGAUUAUAAUCGAUAUGAUAGAAGCAGAUCUAGAGAUUAUAAUUGAUAUGAUAGAAGCAGGUCUAAAAGAAUAUAUUAUAUAUUGGGAUAGUUAUCGUAUUAUUGUACCUACUACCUAUAAGCAUAACCAGGCUAUAGAAGAACAACCCAUAGUCAGUAAAGUGGAUAAUGACUGGGAAGAAGAAUAUGAGGAUGAAGAAUUAAUUUCUCAUGAGGCCUAUAUUUUAGAAGCAGAAUCUAAUAAUAUUAAAGAUUCAGGAUAG